AUGACGGGCCGCGGUGGUGGUGGUGGACGCAAAACUCUUCUUGCGCCCAUUCAUUUCAUAUUCAGUCUCCUACAAAAGCGAUCAACGGUCUCAAUAUGGCUUUAUGAAAACUUGCGCACGCGUAUUGAGGGGAAGAUCAGGGGAUUUGACGAAUUCAUGAACCUUGUGAUUGAUGAUGCGGUCGAGGUACAACUGGCCACAAGAGAUGGUGCUGAAAAGAGAAGACAGCUAGGACAAAUAUUGCUCAAAGGAGACAAUGUCUCGCUCAUACAGUCUUUGGAUUGA